AUGGCUCUGUUGUCAUCAACUCGAGAGACGGCGAAAAGUUGCCAAUUGUGUUCUUUCAUGACAAUGAAUCUCCAUCGACAAUUCGCAACCAAAAGGCCCAAAAAUCAGACAUUUGAUCCAUUUGGAGAAAACGGAGAAAUGUACUGGGGAGGAAUUGAUUUCAUGAAUGCUUUGAAAGCGUAUGCGGUAGUUGAAAAGACGGCGUAUGAACCAUCAGUGUAUUUGAUCAACCCAGAAACCAAAGAUUUGAUCAAUUUUGCACCAACUUCCAACAAAGAUGUCAGUGCCAAGAGUACUGAAAAGUUCCAAUUGCCUGACGUCAACAAGUUUUUCGCCAAUGCCAAAUGGAAAGUGCUUGAGACAGUGGCUACUUUUUCUGCUAAAACGAAAAACCAAGUGUUGGAUAUGGUGGAAGAACAUGCACCGCUGCCCAUUCGACACCUUAUUACGCAACCUGAAGUUCAGCGCAUAGGCAGUGAAUUUGAAGGUGCUCGAGUCUACUUGGCAAAAUGGGCUGCUCAAGUAAAGGAAGAAGCUGAACAAGCUAGACGCAACUUUAGCUUGGAUGAUGACAUGUAUGGAAAGAUUAAUAAGGAGUUGGGAACAGAAAUCUUGACGAAUGAAGAAGUUAGCAAAGUCACCAGACGCAAGCCUGUUUCUCAGGUUGAAUGGGAUACUUUUUUCGAUCUGUCUGGUCGUUUGUGCAUAACCGUUGACGAGGUCAAGGACAGAAUUUUUCAUGGUGGUCUUGAGGACUCUGUUCGUGGAAUUGCAUGGCUAUUCUUGUUGGGUGUUUAUCCAUGGGAUUCAAGCAAGGAGGAGAGAGAGCUCCUUCACAGCAGUUACGUUACCGAAUACAACCGUCUCAAGAGUUUGUGGAUCGAAGAUGACGACAAACGAGCAGAAGAGUUCUGGAAAGAUCAGAAGCACCGCAUUGAGAAGGAUAUCAAUCGUACCGACCGUUCUUUAGCCCUUUUCAAGAACAAGAAAAACGUCACUGUGACCAGCGUUGGAAGUAAUGUUUCGCCAACCACUCGUGAAUCUUCUCCAGAAACCCCCGAUGAAGAGGAAAAUGAUGAAUUCGAUAUCUCCAACAUCAGAAACCCGCACUUGUUUGCCAUGCGUGAAAUACUCUUGACUUAUAACGAGUACAAUGUCAACUUGGGAUAUGUUCAGGGAAUGACCGAUUUACUCUCUCCAUUAUACGUCAAGUUCCAGGACGAGCCAUUGACGUUCUGGGCGUUCACAAAGUUCAUGGAGCGUAUGGAGCGCAACUUUGUGCGAGACCAAUCUGGGAUGAAAAAGCAAAUGGUUACUCUCAACGAGUUGGUGCAAUUCACAUUGCCUGAUUUGUAUAAGCAUUUGGGAAGAUGUGAGAGUACAGAUCUCUUUUUCUACUUUAGAAUGUUAUUGGUAUGGUUCAAAAGGGAAUUUGAGUGGGAUGAUGUGCUCAGAUUGUGGGAGAUUUUUUGGACUGAUCGGUACUCGAGUCAAUUCCAUUUGUUUUUUGCUCUUGCUGUUCUCAGCGACAACGAAAGAAUCAUUAUUGAGAACUUGAGACGAUUUGACGAAGUUUUAAAGUACAUGAACGACCUUUCUAUGAAUAUGAAUCUCGAGCAAUUGCUUGUUCGAGCAGAACUUUUGUUCUUGAGAUUCCACCGCAUGGUGGAUAUAGUCGACAGAGAAAGUGAACGCCGUGAUGAGAAUAUCAAGGUGAGUCCAGAUUUGCGUGGUUUGCUCAGCAGGGAAAUAGUCGUCCAGAAGGAAGUGGAAAGACCCGAGGGAGUAGGCGGUGGUUAA